AUGGACCAGGUGACAGCUUUUGGGAAAGAGUUGAUGGAACUGUUGGAGCAGGAGAAGUCCUCAUGGAACAUCCAGGUGGAGCAGAACAAAGACAGUGUGGAGACCAUUGCACAGGCCGUGUACAAAGACCUGUGCAGAUGGAGAGGAAAGAGUGCGGUGAGUCAGAGCGCCCAGCUCCUGCCCGACUACAACAUCCAGGUCCUUGAGAGCAUCCGUCGACAUGUGGAGAGGCCCCUGCAGAAGCGCACAGUGGGCUCAGUCUUCAGAUCUGUGUCACGAGCUCAGAAGGGCUUUGAACUUCACUCGGGUCGAUCUGCAACCAUGAGAGCAAUGUUGGGACUUGCCGUUUUUGUGGGACUCAUUUCUGCUGGAAGUGCACAAAAUAAAUCAGAACUCUCCCAACUUCCACUCAAACCAUUCUAUCCAGUCCAACCCACAAACCAACGCUGCUGGACCAGGUGGUUCGACCGAGAUGACCCCUCUGGAACUGGGGACUGGGAGACGCUGCUGAACCUCCGUAAUGAAUAUCCUGGAGAGAUCUGUGACGACCCAGUGGACGUGGAGGCCAGGACCAUGUCGGGAGCGACCCCAGCCGCGAUGGGGGAUGCUGUUGUGAUGAACACAAAUGUGGGUUUCUACUGCAAAACAGACGAUCAAACAGACAACCACUGCAACGACUAUCGUGUGCGCUUCAGCUGCUACUCCCCCUACUGUGAAGACGAUGUGUGCUGGACUCAGUGGUUGGACCGCGAUAACCCCGGAGGAACAGGAGACUGGGAACUGCUGAGCAACCUCCGCCAACAGUAUCCAGAGAUCUGUGAGAAACCCAAGAAGAUUGAAGUGGUCACGACGUCCGGGAACGUCCCCGCCACCGCCACCGGGCAGGACUCGCUCUUCAUCAUUUUUAGUCCGACAGAGGGGUUUGUGUGUAAAAACGCCCCGGGUCAGUUCUGCCGGGACUACAAGAGAGAGAACCUCCACUCUCUCUGGUCGUGUGAGAGAGAACCUCCACCAUCUGAAGGACAGGCAUGGAGGCAGAGAACCAGGCUGCAGAGUCUGGAGAAGGGACUGGAGCCGGGUCUGGAGCAGGGACUGGAGCCGGGUCUGGAGCAGAGUCUGGAGAAGGGACUGGAGCCGGGUCUGGAGCAGGGACUGGAGCCGGGUCUGGAGCAGAGUCUGGAGAAGGGUCUGGAGCAGAGUCUGGAGAAGGGACUGGAGCCGGACGACGGCAGCGGCCUGGAGGGGACGGCGGAGCGGCUGGAGGAGCUGAUGAGGUCCAUGGAGGUGCUUCUGUCGGACGUGGAGCAGCUCCGGGCCCAGUGCAGCGGACAGGCCUCGGAGCUGAUGGAGGCUGCAGAGGAGCUGCGCCGCCAGCAGGGGGAGCUCAAGGACAGCUACACCGAGCUGGCCCAGGAGAUGGACAAGGUCAUGGAGACGGUGGACGAGCUCUUCAGCACCAAGAGCGCCUUCGACAGCAACGAGAAGCAGGCGCAGAAGCUCUCCCGCCAGCUCUGA